CACUAAAGGCACAGCCUGUCACAACGCAGAAAAGCAUUUUGGGAAGUUCUUUCUUUGCACCAGGAGACACCACCCACUCUAGUCUCCUCGCCGACUGACAGGGACUCUGACUGACUGUCGUCGUCGUGAUUUCUGUAGCUUUGACAACAGAAUGGAAAAUGAACACACAACAGACAGGAUGGACACAGCGAACACAUUGAGCCCAGACGUCACAGACUCCAGUAAAAUAGUAAGUUAUUUGAUCGAGAAGUAUAAAGAUGUAGGAUUUUCUCAGCCUCGGAAAUUGUCUAAGGAGCCACAGUCUCAAGUCUGCACGUCCCCCGUAGUGCGUAGUUUUGGAAACGUUGGCACUUUGUGCGCUGCGCCUCCUGGCUCAAGUAACAACAGUGCCAUGUUCAAAGACUGUACUGUCAGAGAUAACGCCUCACUUAUCAAUAAAUCUUUUUAUGACCGCUCUGACCCUGUGCGCUGGACAGAGGUGCGUGGUAUAGAGGGAGUGAAGGAUUCCACGUUACCGCAGCCGAUCCCAACAGUAACUCAUGAAAGUUUGCAGAGAGCGGCUACGAACAUGAUAUCGACGCCCAGUUCAACCACAGCCACCGGGGGUUGUAGGAUCAUCAAAGAUGAGAAGGAGCCGUCACUAAUCAUGGAAACACCGUGUCCUGAUUUUGACCUAACGGCCAGCAUCCCUACCCUCGAGACCUGUUAUGACAGCGAGAGGAAACAACAACAGUUAGGUUUUCUGGAUGAUUCGGCAGCGUCUUUCCCCACCUCCGCGCCUGGACAACAAGUACUAUUGGACUGUUCACCGAACUUUCUAGUCGACUUGAAUCAGAACGACCAGAUGUCGACGGUUCCCCAGGUCCGUGCAGACUCACGUGGUAUUCCCUUUCCUACUCAUCCCGGUAAGGGCAUGCUGAGUUUUGAUGUAAUGAGCAGUAACGGACAGGGUCCACAGCAGCAUUUGAUGAUUUAUAAGAGUGAAAUGCCCAGAUGGUCCAUUCAGACCUCUCCUACUCAUUCCUCGUUUUGGUGCCAGUCCAGCGGGGUCUCCGAGGACCAGUACCCACACCAUGGCUACUCCUCCCCGGAUGGAAUUCACACCUCAGCCCUGCUCCAGAGGUCCCCAACCUAUACAGGAUAUGGCGGUGUUCCACCCCAGAGAAUAUGUAUGAUCUGUGGAGAUGAGGCCUCAGGGUGUCACUAUGGGGUCCUCACAUGUGGAAGCUGCAAAGUGUUCUUUAAACGAGCGGUCGAAGGACAUCAUAAUUAUCUCUGUGCCGGUCGAAAUGACUGCAUCGUGGAUAAGAUACGGAGGAAGAAUUGCCCUGCGUGUCGCCUGAGGAAGUGCUACCAAGCUGGGAUGAUGCUCGGAGGGCGGAAGCUGAAGCGUUUUGGGGCCCUGAAGGCAGGUCCAGCCUUGAUGUUCCAGGGGGCCUUAUCAGCCCUGGGAGAUGGUCUGGCCCCAGCCUUGAUGUUCCAGGGGCCCUUGUCAGCCCUGGGGGAUGGUCAGACCCUGGCCUCUCUACCCUGCAUGCCUGGCCUCAACGAGCUGCAGCUCUCCCCUCAGAUCAUCAGCAUUCUGGAGAGCAUUGAGCCUGAGGUGGUGUACUCUGGCUAUGACAACUCCCAGCCUGACAUGCCACACCUCCUCCUCAACAGUCUCAACAGACUGUGCGAUAGACAGCUGUUGUGGAUCGUCCGGUGGUCCAAGUCCCUGCCAGGGUUCCGUAGCCUCCACAUCAACGACCAGAUGACACUCAUCCAAUACUCCUGGAUGAACCUAAUGGUGUUCUCUCUGGGCUGGAGAUCUUUCCAGAAUGUCACCAGUGAAUAUUUAUACUUCGCUCCUGAUCUUAUCCUUAGCCAGGAUCGUAUGAGGAGAUCUCCCAUAUAUGAUCUGUGUCUGGCCAUGCAGUUCAUUCCUCAGGAGUUUACCAGCCUCCAAGUAACCAAAGAGGAGUUCCUCUGUAUGAAAGCCAUCAUGAUUCUCAACACUGUUCCAUUGGAGGGUUUAAAGAGCCAGGCCCAGUUUGAGGAGAUGAGACAGAACUACAUUCGGGAGCUGACCAAGGCUAUCCAUCUGAAGGAGAGAGGCAUGGUGGCCUCCUCUCAACGCUUCUAUCAUCUCACCAAGCUCAUGGAUGCCAUGCAUGAGAUUGUGAAGAAAGUGAACCUGUACUGUCUUAGUACCUACAUCCAGGCUGACGCCAUGAAGGUUGAGUUCCCUGAAAUGAUGUCAGAGGUCAUCUCCUCCCAGCUCCCCAAGGUCCUGGCCGGCAUGGUCAAGACCCUCCUCUUCCACGCCAAGUGACCAAUCACAGGAGACAACCAAACCUGCACCGCGCAAAGCACCAUGGAAGAAAUUAAAUACCCAAAGAGCAAGAGUUGAAUAAAUAUUUUAUAAACGUCAUCAUAUAUCAAAUCAAAUAUCGGCCAAAAUGUUAUGUUGAUUUGAAAAUAGGUCUUUGUCCGUUGGGUGUAUCAUAUCUUUGAAACUAAGAAAAUGUAAGUUAAACGUGAAGGUUUUGGGGAGGUGAUAUUUGGACCAAGUUUAACAUGAAGGUUUUGGGGAGGUGAUAUUUGGACCAAGUUAAACAUGAAGGUUUUGGGGAGGUGAUAUUUGGACCAAGUUAAACAUGAAGGUUUUGGGGAGGUGAUAUUUGGACCAAGUUAAACAUGAAGGUUUUGGGGAGGUGAUAUUUGGACCAAGUUAAACAUGAAGGUUUUGGGGAGGUGAUAUUUGGCCCAAGUUAAACAUGAAGGUUUUGGGGAGGUGAUAUUUGGACCAAGUUAAACAUGAAGGUUUUGGGGAGGUGAUAUUUGGACCAAGUUAAAUGUGAAGGUUUUGAGGAGGUGAUAUUUGGACCAAGUUAAAUGUGAAGGUUUUGGGGAGGUGAUAUUUGGACCAAGUUAAAUGUGAAGGUUUUGGGGAGGUGAUAUUUGGACCAAGUUAAACGUGAAGGUUUUGGGGAGGUGAUAUUUGGACCAAGUUAAACAUGAAGGUUUUGGGGAGGUGAUAUUUGGACCAAGUUAAAUGUGAAGGUUUUGGGGAGGUGAUAUUUGGACCAAGUUAAACAUGAAGGUUUUGGGGAGGUGAUAUUUGGACCAAGUUAAACAUGAAGGUUUUGAGGAGGUGAUAUUUGGACCAAGUUAAACAUGAAGGUUUUGGGGAGGUGAUAUUUGGACCAAGUUAAACAUGAAGGUUUUGGGGAGGUGAUAUUUGGACCAAGUUAAACGUGAAGGUUUUGGGGAGGUGAUAUUUGGACCAAGUUAAACAUGAAGGUUUUG